UUGCCAUAUCUCUUAUUUCAGCCCAAAAGCGAUGCUGAGAAAAUUAAAGAUGAAGUUCAGCGCCAGUCACAGCUCUGCACCUGUCAAAGCAAGUACAAAAUCAAGGAAGUUGGUGAUGGAAAAUACAAAUUUGGCGAGCAACUGAGGCUUGUGCGUAUUUUGAGGUCAACUGUGAUGGUAAGAGUCGGCGGUGGAUGGGUCGCCCUCGACGAGUUUCUGGUCAAAAACGAUCCGUGCAGAGCCAAGGGCAGAACGAAUAUUGAACUGCGAGAGAAGUUCAUCUUGCCAGAGGGCGUAAGUCAGAGCAUGUGGCGGUUCAAGACUAAGAGUGGUCGAUUGCCUGAUUCUCACCCGUCCGUCGGCCACACUCCGGGUCCUAUUAUGAAGGCAAGCCAUAUAAUGAGAAUUAUUCGCGAAAGGACAGAAAGGAGUUUCCCAAUGAGCAAACCGUUGUUGUCUAACUCAGCCGUUCAUUCAUCAGAUUUAGAGGUGUCGAAUAUUCUUUCGUCUGCUCGGUGGCAGGGUCUUCAUCACGAAAGCGACGCAGCGUCAUCCCCGGAUUCGACUCGCAUGGCUCAUGUACUAUCGACGGAGAUGAAGCCGAGUUCGCGGUCCAGUUCGCGCGCUAGCAGCGAUAUUCCGAGACCAUCGUCGCGGCCGCCGUCCAGAGCCAGCUCAGACGUUUCGGACAUCUCGAUACACUCCCGAGAUUCUCUUGGCAGCAACAUUCCGAGCCGUAUUCCUUCCGCCCGCAAGAAGCCACGUGGCAAGCCGUAG